UUCAUCACAUGGCCCCCAAAGACGCUAUUUAAACCGGGCCGCGCGGCCCUUUCAGCACCACUGGCGCUGGUCAGCGCCCUGCGAACAACUGCGCGGGCAAGAGGCGCUGCGCCGACGAACCCAGCGGAAGGCGAGGACGAGGCUGGACGGGGCCGAGUCAUGCCGCGGUCUUUUCUGGUGGACUCGCUGGUGCUGCGCGAAGCCGGCGGCAGCGACAAGAAAGGAAGCGUCUCUCCCGGCAGCCCGCCGCCCCCGCCGCUCUUUCCCUAUGCCGUACACCCCUCGCAUCCACUGCACGGCCUUUCCGGAGGCGCCUGUCCCGCGGCUCCCGUGGCCACGUCGGCUGCGCGCAAAGCCGGCCUACUCUGCGUGUGCCCCCUCUGCGUGGCCGCCGCUUCUCAGCUGCACCCGCCGCCCCCGCCGCCGCCCGCCCUGCCCCUCCUCAAGGGUUCUUUUCCUCCCUUCGGCUCCCAGUACUGCCCUUCGCCCCUGGCUGCCAGGCAGUCUCCCGGAGGGUCAUCCGCCUCCAGCGGGGGCCACGCACCCGCCCUCUACCAGAGCGCCUACUCGCUGCCCGACCCCCGACACUUCCACUGCAUCUCCGUGGACAGCACGUCGGGCCAGCUGCCGAGCAGCAAGCGGAUGCGCACCGCCUUUACCAGCACGCAGCUGCUGGAGCUGGAGCGGGAGUUCGCCUCCAACAUGUACCUGUCGCGUCUGAGACGCAUCGAGAUCGCCACCUACCUCAACCUCUCCGAGAAGCAGGUGAAGAUCUGGUUCCAGAACCGGCGCGUCAAGCACAAGAAGGAAGGCAAGGGCGGCUCCCAUCGCGCCGGGGGACCGGCCGCCCCCGGCUGUAAGUGCGCCUCCCUCUCCGCUGUGGCCAAGUGCUCCGAAGACGAGGAGGACUCGCCCAUGUCCCCGACUUCCUCGGGCAAGGACGAGAGAGAACUCGCCGUCACCCCCUAAGGUGUGGCGCCGCCGCCGCCGCCGUCCGGUCUCCCGCGGAUGGAAUGGACAAGGGUGGCCCAUAA